AUGCAUGGGAAAAAAACACAUUGGUUAGAGAGCUCAGAUAACCAGCAAGCCCCCCCUCAAGAGGCUCGAUCCAGAGAGCCACUGGAUCCCGAGGUGAUCACAGGAGGCCUGAACUUCAGCACCUUUGCAGAGUUUCUGGGGGCCGUGCCAGUGGAGCAGCGCAGGGAGGAGGAAGUUACUGCAGUGUCUGACGAUGUGAGAGUCGAGGCCAUGGAGAGCCUGAAGACACUCGUUCGCAACAGAAGGAACAUCUUCCCCGUCAUGGCUCCAGUGGCCCAUGUACCCCAUUUCAAACGCCUGCCCGACUUCUGGGGAUGGUACAAGUACUUCAUGACCAGCAACAACCAGGAGGGAGUUGAGGAUCUAGAUCGUCUGUACAGGAACUUCCUGCAGAACAAGCACAGGUCAGAGGAGGGCCCGACCUUCAACCACUACCUGAAGCACCUCAGUGAAAUCUACAAAUCCUGUGCCGACUCUGAUGAUCCCGAGUGCAUCUCCGAGUCCACCAGCAAGCCUAAGGCUGCCAUGGUGAUGCCCGAGGCCAUCAAGGCUGCUGACGUCAGGAUGUGCAACCCUUACCUGGACCCCUACUGCCUCUUCCCCAUCGCCCCCAAAGCUGCUGAGCCCGUGCCUGCACCAGCUCCGGUUAAAUUGCCCACCCCCAUCCUCACCCCCAUGCUGCCCAUGCCCCUUAAGAGCCCCACCGGCUUCUACUACUACGCCCCCGUCCUGGAGCCCUUCCUCAGUGACGUGCAGAGGGCCGAGCUGCUGAUCUGCAACUCUGAAGAUGUGGAGUGUCUGCAGUAUCACCUGAGAGCUGCCUAUGGCUACCGCCCAGCCCCUGGCCCCGCCCCAUCCUACGCCGCCCUGAAAUGCGACCCCAGGGACCCAUACUGCAUGCCUCCCCUGGUCCAGAAAUCCCCCACCGGCUUCUACCACAUGUUGUACCCCAGCUGUGACCCAGCAGUGGAUCCUCUGUGUGUGACCAACGUCGCUGCCCCGGCUCCCCUCACUGCAGAGGAGGAACCCAAAGAGCAGCACUGCAACCCUCUGUUUGACGGCGGCUGCAACCCUCUGACUGCCACCAAGCUGUCCGGACUCACCAAGCCUGUGUUGGAGUUCGCCCCUAAGGCGGCGGCUGCAUCUGGUCCUGCUCCUCUGGCCUGCGACCCCCGCUACGACCCAUACUGCAUACUGGCCUCAGCUGCCGCCCUGCGCAGGCCCGCCCCGCAGAUCCCUGAGCACCAGGUCCGCUACAAGCUCGGCGUCCAAGGCAAGACCAAGGAUGGCCACGACUGCUACGUGCACUACGACAAGGACUGCACGCCCGUGAAGUCUGGCUCCGAGGCCAAGGCCGACAUUAAGGCUCCAGCCAAGCCUUUCUGCCAUCCCUUCGACCCAAACUGCGGCAAGUUCGCUCCAGGAUCCUCUGCCCUUGGGGCCACAAAGCCCAACGAGGAUGGCAUCAUCCUGCCCGACCCCGACUGCGACCCCGAGAUCGACUACAACUGCCGUCUGCGUCGCGCCAAGCCCGUUGAAGCUGCCGCUGAUGAGCCCGCCGCUGCUGACGAGCCCGCCAAAGAGGCCGCCAUGCCACGCUUUGAAGACUUCCUGCGGGGCGUCAUGAGCAAGCACCAGUAG